AUGCACCAUGUUGGAAUCUUAUAAAUUGUAUUCCAAAACCCUCUUGUAUGUAAGCAAAAUUAGGCCCUUUAAGAAGCUUUGGUACUUGGAAGUUUGAUGGCUGAGUUUGCAGAAUAUCUGCAGAGGCUUGGGGCUUCUCAACCCUUGACAGAGAUGAUGGACAUGAACAUGGAAAUGCUCAAGCAUCUUCCAGAGCUGAAUCCAAGCAUCUUGGAGAAUUUCAGCAUCGCUCAUGACUUCUCAGCAGACUCUUUCUUCGCCCACCAACAACCUGAAUUUCCUGCAACAUAUAAUCACAACAACCUUUCAAGCACUUCCCAUCCUCACAUCUUGAGUACAGCACCACUUGUUCAUUCUGUCAGCUUGAAUCAAAAUGUUUUCCAUGAAAGGAAGAAGCCAAAAGCAAUGGAACAAUCAACCGGCAGCUCCAAGAACGUUUCUCCUACAGCCUCUAUAAACAUCACAGAGAAAAAGAAUAACUUAGGAAGAGGUAAGAAAGGCAAAAACAAGGAGAAAGAAGGGGACAAAUCAAAGGAAGUUAUUCAUGUUAGAGCUAAGAGAGGCCAGGCAACAGACAGUCACAGUAUAGCAGAAAGGAUAAGAAGAGAGAAAAUCAAUAACAAAUUAAGAUGCUUGCAAGACAUUGUUCCUGGAUGCCACAAGUCAAUGGGGAUGGCAGUUAUGCUAGAGGAGAUAAUCAAUUAUGUACACUCAUUGCAGAAUCAAGUUGAGUUUCUCUCCAUGGAGCUUGCCGCUGCCAGUUGUUCUAAUGACCUGAAAAAUCUCACAGAAUCUUCCAAGAAGGCUCAGGGAACAAAUUCAACUGAUGACGCACAGGAGACACAGAAAUGGUCGAGAGAAAGAUAUGGAGAAAUCACUUGCUUCCACUCUACAUGGUCCAUUUGACUGCAUUUUUGGCAAUUACUCUUUGUUGCUAUAUAGCACAAGAAUAUGUUCCCUAGCUAUCACCCUUUGCCGCAAAUCAAAUGUCUAUUUAUGUGGCAGAGAUGCUAAUGAUAUUUGCAUUACUUCACAAAAAGGUCCAGAAAUAAAGUACAAAAAAAGAGAGAUUAUAUUGCUAUUUACUUGUCCAAUUCGAGGGCUAAUUUCUUUUUCUCUUUUUUCAAAUUUGACCUUCUAUAGUGAUUUGUGGUGUUUAACAUCCUAUGUAUUGAUGCUGCUUUGUCGGCAUGAGCAGUUCCAUUUGAUUCAACAGGUUCUCUUGGCUUUA